CGCAAUUUGAUAUAAACUAAUCACGACAUACAUGCUAAACCUUCUUUUCAAAAGAGGGAUUGAAAUGCGAACAUCAGCCAAUAAUAAUAAUAAAAUUUAAACUAAAAUCCUGUAAAUCCGCGAUGUAAAAAUGAGCGAGGUGGAGAGGAGCAUCUUUGUGGGAAACAUACACAGCUGUGUGACGGAGGAAAUCCUGUAUGAGUUAUUUCUGCAGGCUGGGCCAGUAGAAAAGGUGCACAUAUUCAGAAAUGGACACCAGAAGCCCUAUGCAUUGGUUUACUAUAAGCAUGCUGAAGCGGUUCCCUAUGCUGUUGAACUUCUGAAUGGCAUCUGGAUUUAUGGGCAGCCAAUCAAGUUACAGUGUAAAUUUGGUGGCAGUUAUCAAGAACAUGACAUGAGAUAUGCAGGCAUGAACAGUGGAGUGAUAGCAAACAGCAAGUGCGCUGUCUUCAUGGACAAUAUGGCUUUGAAAGUAAAUAACAGUCCCGGUUUGGAGAACCAUAAUACAACACCCAGCUGGAGUGAUACGCCACACUACAGACCCUAUGAUAUGUGCCUUUCAGUUGUGCCACCAUCUGUCUGGUACAGUCCUCCUUUCCAGCAGUGGAUUGAGUCGGGCUACCCACCUUGGACAUCGUACCAGAAUGAUCAGUCUCUGUUCUUUAGGUCAUCCAGUCCCACAGCGGGUUGCGCAAACGCCAGUGUAGUGGGUAACAAACAUGACAAACACAGAAAAAUGGCCAACUUUACUGUAAAUGGCUCAGAUUUAUGUUAGAUUUAAAUCUAUAGCCUGAACGUCACACUGAUAUUAAAUACAUUAAACACAUUAAAAGCAAUGCACAAAUGCAAAAAAUACUGUUAUGUCUGUACAUCUCUAAUAAAUUACUCCAAAUGCA